AUGUCCCUGUUUGGUGUCCUGAUUCUCCCCCUUUUUGUCCAUCUUGCUGAACAGGGAUUUAUUCACGAAAUCGGACAAUAUGAGGCACUAAAUUAUGCCGUUCUUCAGCCCCCUCCGAUCCGUUCGAAGCGCAGCCUCGACUCAAGUCAUUCAUCCUUCACUUUCUAUGCAUUCGGUCGAAAUUUCUCAUUGGAGGUUUACCGUGAUGAUAGUGUAUUUUCACCGACAGCAAAGAUAGUCGUUAGUGGAAGAUCUCUUCCGCUUGCAAGUGAAAGUGGCUUCGGAUAUCCCGUACGUGGCUAUGUAAAAUCUCACCCCGGAAGUCUUGUCUUUGGAACCAUCCUCGGUGGUGUAUUUCGGGGCACUAUAGCACUGAAUGUUCACAAUUUGAAACUUCUUCUGGACAAUUCCCAGGCAGUAGACGAUGUUUAUUUCGUAGAGCCUGCAGGUAAUUUUUUGGCCGACCCCAGCUUCCACUCCCUAAUUUAUCGAGCUAACGGAACGAAGGAGGAUUCGCUGGUGAAGCGAAAUCGUAGAAAUGUCAAUCCUACUGAACCUGCCUUUUGUGGUCACUCCAACCCCAUCAUCUCACAAAGACUUCGAGAAAUGUCAGAGCCCGUCCCAGUGAGGCGUUUUGGUCGAUCCGUUGACGGGAUACUGGGUCACCGACGCCAGCCCCCUGCCACGUCUCUGGCCUCGUCACAUUAUCGGGUCACAGACCCCCCCGAGACCUCCUUUCAUUACCACUCGACUGGCGCGGGCAGCAACCCGACGAGGGUACCCGACACAGGUCCGACUUCGCGGGUGUGCAAUCUCUACCUCCAGUCCGACACCUUUCUCUGGGAUCACAUAAUCCAACUUCCCCACAUCCGGGGCAACCGGGAUUUAGCCAUCAAGGAAAUCGCGUCGAUUUUUACGCAGCACGUUCAAGGAGCCCAAGCCAUCUACCAAUACACAACCUUCAGGGAUGUGUCGGGUCGAUUUUCGUACCGUGGAGUCGGUUUCCGCGUGGAUAGAGUGCUGAUUAACAUCACUGAGGAGGACUGCCACCCACUUCCGGUGGGCUACUCCCAUGCCGACAUUCUGGCGGAGCAGGAGCAGCAGCGCCGCGCACCCUCCGCCCUGCCCCAGCGACGCAACCCUCGCGUGCUACCACCGCCGCUGCCACGGGGCUCCUACCGCCACGAGAACCCGUUCUGUGCCGAGCACGUGGACGUGACCAACUUCCUAAACCUCAAUUCCUACGUCAACCACGACGACUUCUGUCUGGCAUACGUGUUCACGUACCGCGACUUCGCCGGUGGCACUCUGGGUCUGGCGUGGGUAGCCGAGCUGGGUGGCUCAGGCGGUGUGUGCGAGAAGCAUCGCCUCAUGCGCGAGGGCAGUCAGACGGUGAAAAAGAGUCUGAACACGGGCGUGGUUACCCUCCUCAACUACGGCGCUCGGGUUUCAAUGAAGAUCUCGCAGUUGACCUUUGCGCACGAGAUGGGUCACAAUUUGGGAGCGAAGCACGACGACGAUUUCAAGGACGACAUUCCGUCAUGCCUUCCAUCAGUGGACGAUCCGAAGGGAAAUUACAUCAUGUUCGCCAGCGCUACAGGCGGCGACAAGGAAAACAACAACAAAUUCUCCACCUGUUCGGCCAACUCGAUUGCUCGACUUCUCAAUCAGGUUCUUAAGGGUGAUUCAAACUGCUUUUUCACGUCGAAUGGUUCUUUCUGCGGGAACCGUCUGACAGAAGAAGGCGAGCAAUGCGACUGCGGUUUCACUCGCGAGGACUGCGACGACGUUUGCUGCUACCCCAAGGAAUCGGAGGAGCCUUGUAAACUGAAGAAAUUCGCCAAUGCUGGGGAGUCCACAGUUGAGGUUCGAUGUUCGCCAACCGCGGGCGAGUGCUGCACAUCGACGUGUCAGUACCGCGACUCAAAGCACCUCUGUCGCAGCGCGGGUGAGUGCCACAAGCCCUCCUACUGCUCCGGUCGCAGUGCCCAGUGCCCUCCCCCCGAAAAUAUUCCUGACGGAACACCCUGCAAGAACUUCACACGGAUCUGUAAAUCGGGCGAGUGCUUGGGGUCAAUCUGCGAGCGAAUCCCCGGCUGGCAGGAGUGCUCGCUCACACGCAACGAGGACGUCACGCCGGAGUUGAUGUGCUACGUGGCCUGCCGCGAGAACCGCACCGGCGCCCCGUGCAUCAGCACCAUUCAACUCGAAACCGUGAGUGGGCUUGCACUUGCUCAAAAACCGCUUUAUUUUCGGCCCUGCCAGCCUGUUUUUCUCUUGCUUCAACUGGUCGGCGGUUGUGACAUAAGUCGAAGUAGCCGUUAUACGUUCCUCCCGGAUCCCCUUUUAGAAUAUGCGCUAAAGAGAAUGCUAACAAAUGCCAGGUCUAUUUUUAAAAAAACCGACUUCAUUUGGAAUGCAGCCCUUUGCUCCCGGCGAUGCUGGCGUGACCCACGAUUGCCAUUUUUAUGUGCACGAGUUAGCUACUUCAGUAACUACCUCUGA